AUGGCUGCGCGACCCCGCGCAACCUUCACGCACAGAAAAAUUGUGCGACUGAUUGUCGAAGAAGGCAUGGAUAUAAACGCAAUCGAAAUUGUGAGGUCUCUUCCCGAUUUCAAGGCGGAAAUCACCGGCAUUGUCCCCAAUUUCGGGCACAAAUGCUUCUAUAUCACGCUCCGCUCUACCGACGCUGCAACACGCUUGGCCACAACUGGCUUCGACCAUGGGGCUGAAAGAAAGCCGUUGAAAUUACUUGGUGCGAGAACCAUCCACGUUUCAGUGUUUGUCGCUGUGGAAUACCCCGACCAAGACAUUGUAAAUUUUCUAAAGCAGUAUGGACAGUUAAAGUCCGAAAAUCUACGCCGCCUCUGUCAUACCGAGGAGGUUUUACAUCUAUCGAGCAUGGUAUCUGCGUCGCAGAAUUUACUUUACUCGACAGAGAUCUACCCAGGAAAGUUGUGACCCAAGGUCUCGAAAUAUUUUUUAAAUAUACGGGCCAGCCGAUUACAUGCUACCGUUGCGGAUCGACUGAACAUGUGGUUAAAAACUGCCCGAAGCAGCGCCCACGUUUCAAUCAUAUACGCGUGGAGGAUCGUGUUCUCUCCGCCCCACCUAACCCCCCUAAUUCCCAGGACAUGCAAGAAACACAGAUGGAAACGACCUGUGCAGAAGAUUCUGAUGAUGAAAUUUCCGAGAGCGUUAGCAGCGAGAUGUUAUCGUCAGCGCCAGACCUAUAUUUUGGGGCUGUUUCUCGCGAUCUUUUCGCCGAGCCAAGCGAGGGCUCG